GUACUUCAAUGGGACAGGUGCUGGCGUGAUGGGCAGAAGGUCUCCUGGUUUAAUUGUUCUUCCUGUGAAGUUAGCCUUUAUUUGUGUGUGUGUUGUUUAAAGAAAAGAAUGGUAAUGUAAACCCGUCUUUGAACAGAAUGUUCGCUUCCCCGCCGCUCAGGAAUCCCGAACAGUCUGUAAUUCGGUUUAUCGGAUUGUGCGGCCGGAGGGAAUUCGGGAUUUCGAAAGGAAAUUCCCUGUGCCUUUCGAACAGCGAUAGAGAUCUCUCGUCUGAACCCCUUCAAUUCAGGAAGGAAACUCCAAACUGUGCCUUUGAGUGGGAACAAAAUAAACCUGCCAAGUGAUUGUCCGAAUUCAUCCCGUUUCUAGAAUUCUAUUCCAGAGUUGCCACCUCACGUUAAUUCAGUUCCACUCCUGGAUUGGGGAAGAUAUUGGAACCGUUUAAAAGGAGGAAGCUCCCUUUUCAAAUAUGCGAGGAUCAGAGCAAGACGUGUUGUUGGUGUUUGUGACAAGAGCAUAGAAGUUCCAUCAGUGUCUCUCUGUCUUGCACCAGGAGCAAUAUGAACCCUUGUGCUGUCUACUCGGAGAAGCUCCAAUGUAUAGUAUGAUGGAAACCGAGCUGAAGCCGGCUGCCUCCCAGUCCAACACGGGGACACUCGGCAGCUCCGCUCCGGGGAACAACAGCAAGAAUCCGGGAGCGAACCCAGACCGCGUGAAAAGACCCAUGAACGCGUUCAUGGUGUGGUCCCGGGGCCAGAGGAGGAAGAUGGCUCAGGAAAACCCUAAGAUGCACAACUCCGAGAUCAGCAAGAGACUCGGAGCCGACUGGAAACUUCUGUCUGAUUCCGAGAAGCGGCCGUUCAUUGACGAAGCCAAGAGGCUCCGGGCUUUGCACAUGAAGGAACACCCGGAUUACAAAUACCGACCGCGGCGGAAAACCAAAACCCUCAUCAAAAAGGACAAAUACUCCCUCCCCGGCGGGCUGCUCUCCCCGGGGGCAGUGCCGGUGAACAGCAGCGUGGGAGCAAGCCCGAGAAUGGAGAGUUACUCUCACAUGAACGGCUGGGCCAACGGGACGUACCCGCUCAUGCAGGACCAGUUGGCUUAUUCCCAACAUCCAGGGAUCAACAGCCCCCAGAUCCAGCAGAUGCACCGCUACGAGAUGGCCAGUCUUCAGUACAGCCCCAUGAUGUCCAGCGCCCAGAGCUACAUGAACGCCGCCUCCACCUACAGCAUGUCCCCGGCUUACGGGCAACAGAAUUCAUUGAGCUCCAUGGUGAAAACAGAGCCGACCACCCCUCCCCCGCUCACGUCCCACUCCCGGGGAGCCUGCCUGGGGGAUCUCCGGGACAUGAUUAGUAUGUAUCUCCCUCCAGGAGGAGAUACAGGAGACCCGUCCGCCCAGAGCAGCAGACUGCACAGUGUUCACCAACACUAUCAGAAUACAGCUAUACCCGGCACAGGGUUGAGACAAUCAACGUUUCUACACGGGCGAGACUCCUUUUAGAUGCCGAAUUUUAUAUUAAAGCCUUUUUUGGGACUUCUAAUGCCAUCAGAUUUGCAGGCAGCGGAACUGCGAGGGGAAGGGGGGUGGGGAAGAGUUUGGAAAAUGUUUACCUAAUUCCUUGUAUCUGUAAAUAACUUCUAAUGUGUCAUUUAUCUUGUUUCAAAACCAUGCGGAAAAAUUAUACCAUUUCUGUAUGGUUUGUUUUUAACCUGUUUGGCCCUCUCCGUUGAUUUUUUUUUAGGUUUUAAGAGUGCGGGUCGCAACGCAAGAGUUUUAAUUUAUAGUAUUUUGUGUUACAUCUUUUCUGACGCUUGUGAACGUUUUAAGCUGUAUCUAGAGCCUCCUCCCGGUUUCUGGGAUUUGUGUUUUUAAAUGGUGGCAGAAUCCACCAUGUCGAUUGAGUAACUAUAUAUUGAGCAGAUGUUCUAGUUUACUAAUAAGUUUUCUUUAUAAUUAAAAAAGAUCUCCGGCUCUUGUUCCUGAACUGAGGUUGAAUAAAUUUUGGUUUUUUUUACAAAAAAAA